CUGAACAUAGCAUAACGUCACUAUUGUGCGCCAACGCUGAACAUGGCGAGCGGUAAAAAGAAUGCUAUUCUCACUUCACUAGCGGCUUAUGGAGAUGAUUCAGAGCAGGAUUCCGAUCCAGACACAGAUGAUCAAGGAUCUCAUGGUGGAUUGGUGUGGGCUGGUUACGGAGAGGAAGAUGUGAGUCGUGUGGAGGAGGCAGAUGAGAAGCCCUCGGAGAAUGAGGACAGUGAUGAUGACAGCACUAGAAAUUCGGAUGUCACAGAAGUGGAGGUUAAAGACCCCAAUGAGCUUGUUGCACAGUUUUCAGAGAAGGUUCGAAAUAUGUCUCCAGAUGAGAUCAGAAUUCCUCCUGAACCUCCCGGGCGUUGUUCCAGUCAUCUGCAGGAAAAGAUCUUUAAACUUUAUGAGCGGAAGCUUCACGGAGACUUUGAUACAAACAGCCAUAUUCAAAAGAAGAAAGAGUUUCGCAAUCCAAGUAUUUAUGAGAAGCUUAUCCAGUUCUGUGGUAUUGACGAACUUGGAACCAAUUAUCCAAAAGACAUGUUUGAUCCCCAUGGCUGGUCAGAGGAUUCAUAUUAUGAGGCACUAGCCAAAGCUCAGAAAGUGGAGAUGGACAAGCUGGAAAAAGCUAAAAAGGAAAAGACCAAGAUUGAAUUUGUGACGGCCACCAAAAAAGGUACCACUACUAAUGCAGCGGCUUUGGCCACGAACACAACUACCUCUUCCACAGGUACACUACAAGUGUGUUUGACGCAAAUAAUGAGGACUUGA